AGCAGAAAAUGAAAGUGUUCUCAAAAGCAUACAGAAGGGGGAAAACCUUAAAAACCAAAAAAUGAUGAACGAAAACUUCUCCUACAGAAUAAUUAAAUUUCAAGAUUUUGAAGAAACAGGAGCCUACGAAUGCCUUCAAAGCAUCACAGCCUGUCUCAGAAUUUAUAGACAGACAAGGAAGAAUACUAGAGCUUGCUUUAUCAUGAAUGCUUUUGGUUGGAUACAACUUGGCCUCAUACUGUUGUGUACCACCGUCAUCUGCAGUCAUCAGUGCAACCAUCUUCUAUUACAGCAAAGAAAAGUGAUUGAAAACAGCCUACGACUUUUGGACAGAAUGGGCAAAAACUUUCCUCAACAAUGUCUAAGAGAGAAAAUGUCCUUCAGAUUUCCUAAGUGGGUUCUAGAGUCCCGACAGAAGGAGACUGUCAGAGUUGCCAUUGAAGAGAUCUUCCAACAUAUAUUCUAUAUCUUUAGCAAAAAUUUGACUCUAGCUGCUUGGGAUGGGACAGCUUUGGAUCAGUUCCAAAAUGGACUUUAUCAGCAAAUUGAGCAAUUGGAGGCAUGUGUAAUCAAAAAGCACACCCACUACUGUUGGAAUAAAGAAGUCAGCAGACUGAAAUUGAAAAAGUACUUCCAAAAAAUAGACUGUUUUCUUAAAGACAAACAACACAACCUGUGCUCCUGGGAGAUCAGCCGUGCAGAAAUCAGGAGAUGUCUCCAACUGAUUGAUAAAGUGACAAGAGAGCUUAACAACUAAGGGUGUACAUACUCUCCUCACUACCACUCAUCAAUGCAAGCUAAAGAAGCACCAGGAGACAUGGGUAUCAGGUAUGAAGCUCAAAUACCAGAAAUGAACCAGCUAGCAACUUCACCACUAUCCAGAACAACAUAAAAUACCAAAGAAACAGAGUGAAAUACUGGAGUAAUUUUUCCAUCUGGUGACAUCCUGCCACAAACAUUACAGCAAAAUGUAUAUUUCUUGGCUUUGUAACUAAGAGAACUUGAAAUGGCUACCACCAUGGGACUAUUUCAAAUCUUAUUUCUGUUGCUUGUUUGUUUUUUGUACUUCUUCAAACCUGUACAG